AUGCGUCCUUCGGGAUGCGCGGCAGACCAGGCGAUCGGCGGCGUGGUGGUGUGUGGGAGGGACGGGAGGCGUCUUGUGGGAGAGAGGAGGCUCGAUCGUUCGAUGUCGUCGGCCGGUGAUGACAAGAAGGCUGAAGGCGGAUGUUGGGAGACUGGUGUCCGUCAUGGCCAAGGAGCUGAGGCCGGUGACGGAGUUGAAUCGAGCCUGAGGUUGGUGCAAGAUGACGUGAGCGAGGAUGGCGAGGAUGAGGAUAGAAGUCUGAAGUGGAAGAUGAGGAGCGCGGAGUUUUGUACUUGGGAUGGGAGAGGCGCAGCACACAUUGUUUACUUGCAAGAGCGGCGAGGACGAUGGCUCUUCAAGUCUUGGAAAGAGAGAGUCGAUUAUGGAGGCACACCGAGACGAUGUUCGAACCAGGGAGACGAGUUGAAGAAGACCUGCGAACCACAUGAGAAGAUACUUCUGCUGAGAUGGUGCAUGGGCGCAUCACCAGGUAGUGAGCCUAGAGGACCUGCAAGGCAAAUCAACGGACACAACAGUCGCUGGGGUAUGGAGGGAUCGCCGAACUUCCGCAGUAGUUAUGGGACGAUGCUGGUGAGGGUGUUGGUGCUUGAGGACACGACCGAAGAACUCAAGGCUGUGUAUCAGAUUCAGGUUCAGAAUGCCUGGAAGCUGCAGACUCUCACUCGUAGUGAGGAAGUCAACGCUCGCAAUCAAACGUCGGAGUUGACAAGUCUGGCACCCAAUGGAGCUUUCUUCCGCAUCGCAUCUCCCGCCAAAAGGUCUCUCUCGUCACCCGCCUCAUCUCACAGAUCCAGAACCCCAUCUACGCAGACCGCUACCGCGCCGCAACUCCAGCAAGCUCUGAGCUACGCAGGCGUAUACGAAACACACUACGCCUCCACCUCCGCCAUCAUCCUCGCGGGCUACCAGCAACAAACGCCCAUCCAAACUCUAUACCUCUAUAUCCCCGGCAGCGGUUUCAGCACCACGCACGUCACCCUCGAGGCCAAUCGAACUCUCCUCUUGACACUCAGUGACAAGCCGCAGCUGAAGAAGACACGGGUCUUGGAUCCUGUGGGUGUAUGA